AGAGAAAUAAAAUUCAUAGAAUAAAUGUUUGUAGUGUGGAUUACAGUGUAACAUAUGUAGGUGCAUUGAAGUGCAACGAGAACGUGUAAAUGAAGACACUGAAAGUAAUAAAAAAUGAGAUCGCGUGGUGCAUUAACUCGCGGACAAUUAGAUUUAAAAUGUGGAAUUAUUUAAACCUGUUCAGGGUAUUACCAGACGUCUCGAGGAUGCCCUAGAACGCGUGACACUCUUCGCACGGGUCACACGUUGUUUAAAAAAAUUAGAGCAAUUUAAAAAAUUAUUUUCAAAUCGUUUCCACCAUUUUUCAUAACAAAAAACCACUAAAAAUCACGCUCGUUAAUUUUUUUUGCAAUAAAAAAAUUACAGACACAUUUUUAACAAUAAAAAAAAAUGUUCCUGAUUCUAGAAAUAAAUCCAACAAUUGGAAAUUAAUUUUCAUUAAAUGUAGACGAAAUAAAAAAUAAAAAUAAGUGUUUUGUGAUAUUCUUCAAUGACAUAGGAGUUUUCAACGACUAAAAAAAAGUUCUGAAAAAGUUAUUGAAGAAGAUAAAAGAUUGGUCUUCGGUGAAAUAGUGGAAUGUGAAAAUAUUUUUUAAAAAAUUAUUAUUUAUAAUAGUUACUCAUGAAUAAUUUUUUUAUUAUUACUUACAAAUUAUUGUUAAAAAAUGAGAGUAAUUUUGAAUUGAUAAAACUGUCGAAUUGUGCGUGGAUAAUGGGGUUGUGCGAGACCGUAGCUUUUUUGAGGCUGCUGCCCACAUCCGGUUAUCACAUUGUGUGGACAUGGGACGCCGGAAAUGGAACAAUGAUCAGGACGACGACGAGUGCCUCAUCGGGAUCGGAUUGCUUCGUUGAGUUGGUGAAUCUCGUUGUCGUGAUCAUCUCGCUGAUCGCGGCAUUGUUGUUUAUCAUCAACUAUCGAUUGACGUAUCAGCGGAAAUGCACAAGUAAUCUACUGCCCCUGCACAAUGUCCGGAGUGUCCUCUGCCUCCUCCUCCUCCUCUUCCUGACGCUGGAAUUAUCCGAGGGCUUAAUAACACAUUCAUGGCUGCCCCCGUCGAUCAGUCUUGUAACAAUAAUCAUCUGUUGGUUUUUACACCGUGCCACUGAGAUUCGUGAUGGCCUGGGUCUGGCUGUGUCUGGUGGUGCAUUCAGCACUAUUGCUGUCGCCAGAUUAUGGAGAUUAAUUCAUUUAAAUAGUUUGGAACUGGACCUGGGGCAUGUGAGGACAAUUAGCACAUUGGGAACAGCGACUGCUUGUGGGGUUUUGGCGGUUGUUGACAUCUACGCGCUCUACCGCAUCAUGGAGAGGAGCAAGCGAUACGAUAUUCGUGGAUCCGGAAAUACACGUGCAUCUUACAGGCAUUCACAGUCGGUUCUACUGAGUAAACUGACUUUCCACUGGGUCGUUGGGAUUCUUUUACGUGGGUACAGGGCAACACUUGAACUCAAUGAUCUUGGGGAUCUACCCGAGGAGGAAUCAACCGUUAUACAAUUUGAGAAGUUUCGGAGAAUUUAUGAGGACCAAAGAAACGCCUCGAUCGAUGAGCGUCCGUCACUCUGGGCGUGUUAUUGGCGUCGAGUCUGGCCGGCAUUCGUCCUUGGGGGUGUGCUGAAGUUGUUUGGCGAUGCCACAACACUAGUUGGCCCCCUGGUGAUCUCGAGAAUCGUGAAUUACGUGGCAAUGCGUCAGAACUCAACUCAUAAGGAUAGAGAAAUAUAUGGGAGGUACAUGACGUGGGACGAAUUGUUGGAAAAUGGUUAUUUUCUCGGUAUCAUUAUUUUUGGCGCUGCGAUACUGCAGGGCACAUUGAGCCAAGCGUCCACGCAUUUCGUCAGUGUCGAGGGGAGCAGGCUACGAACAGCGUUGCAGGCCCUGAUUUACCAUAAAUCACUGCGCCUUUACUCCUGGACAAUUUUAGAGGAAGAAGAACCACCGAAGGAUGAUAAAGACGCUCAACCCAAGAGCCAUACCGCAGACAUCGGUACUCUCACAAAUUUAAUGGCCGAGGAUGCUUCCAACGUCAUGAGCUUUUUUUGUAUUGCACACUACACUUGGGCAAUUCCACUCAAAGUCCUCGCCAUUAUUGUUUUACUCAUCAUAAAACUUGGUGUUAGUGCCAUUGUUGGAACUAUCUGUUGUAUUUUCAUUAUUACGCCAAUACAAUUCUUUUUGGGAAGGAAGAUGUGGCGGAAUCUAAAAAUUGUUACGGAAAAAAGUGACUCGAGAUUGAAAUUACUGAACGAAAUCCUCCAAGGAAUGAGACUAGUGAAGCUUCGUGCCUGGGAAUUAAUAUUCGAGCAUCGAAUACAACACACCAGAGACAUUGAAUUAUCAUUACUCGACAAGGAUUCUCUCUACUGGGGCUUGAUAACAUUCCUCACUAACGCAUCGUCCGUCCUUAUGACUCUGUUCACGUUCGCCGUCUACUUCUGGGUGAAAGAGACUCAUUUGGAUGCUGGCGAUGUUUUUGCCAGUCUUGCACUGUUCUCACAACUCACUGUGCCACUCUGCGUAUUACCGGUUAUCGUACCCAUCAUUCUGCAAGCCAUUAACUCAACCAAGAGGUUGGAGGACUUUUUAUCACUGCCAGAGACCGCCAACGUACUCCCGGAAGUCGAGACUCGACGAACCAGCGACGAAGACGAUGAGCAGACCAACUCAGUAUCCAUCAAUGAGAGCUCUGGGGAGAGAAAUAUCCAGAGUAUUUCGACAUUCGGAACCCUCGGCAACAUCACAGAAGAUGAGGAGGAACAUCCGUGUCUUCAUCUGCUCGGAAAAUACGACACAAGUUCCUCUUGCGAUACUGUCUUCGAGAAAGAAGCGGAACCAGUGAAGCCAGCGCUUCUGUACAUCAAUGGGAUCUUCGGCCUGGGAUCGGAAGAGGCACAUCUUGUCGUUGAUGAACUCGUCAUACCUAGAGGUAAAUUGACCCUAAUCGUCGGGAAAACCGGAAGUGGCAAGACGUCCCUGAUUUCCGCAAUGUUGGGAGAGAAUCUAAAGCUGAGAGGAACGAUUGAAUGGGCGAAGGAUGUCAGAGUUGCUUACGUUUCCCAGCGCCCUUGGCUGCUGAACGCAACUCUCCGAGAGAAUAUACUUUUCGGCUCUACUUACAACAAGAGCAGGUACAAGAGUGUCCUCCGCGCUUGCGCACUGCAACCGGACGUUGACAUUUUACCUGGAAAGGAUAUGACGCGGAUCGGAGAGAAGGGCAUCAAUUUGAGUGGAGGGCAGAAGCAGAGGAUUGCCAUCGCGAGGGCGAUCUAUUCUGAUGCUGACACUAUCAUCUUGGAUGAUCCUCUGUCCGCCCUGGACCAACAGGUAAGUCAGCAGAUCUUCGAGCAGGGCAUUCAGAAGCUCCUCCUCCGAAAGUCUCGCACCGUUCUCAUGGUGACACACCGCCUAGACUUGAUCCCCCUCGCCGACAACAUCGUGGCCCUGGAGAACUGUCGACUCCGUUCCGUCGGCCCUUUAUCUCUCAUAGAAGCCACAGACCCCCAACUCCUCCAAGAAUGGAAGGAAGCCGCGAAGAGACGAGCGGACGUCAUCCACAGGACCGCGAAGGACCGCUGGUCCCUCGUCCGCUUGGUCUCGAGGAUCGCGGGCUUCUCGGCGAAACACAGACACGCGAGCGACGGCUCCUGGAUGACGGAGCAAGACGCGCACGUGUCGCCACCUGUUUUUGUCCCCCUCAGGCACCGGAAGUCAAUGCUGUCAGAGUCCAGAUACCUCGCGCAUGAUCUCACAGACCUUCCCGUACCCGCGGAGGAGUGGGGGAGCAUGAGAAAGCGGUCUAAGAGGCACAGGAGUGCGGCGAGGGCUAUUAGUCUACAACCGCCCAAACAUCCACCACCUGUGCUGAGACAGAGCAGCACUCCGACUAUUUUGGAGAGCCACCACAUCGUGCCGAGGAAGAGACAUAAUACUACGGGAGAUGAACAAAGUGCCGGUAUGCUCAGACAACUAUUCUCCGGAAGAAUAAUCCCCUUAUCCGACGAAGGUAACUCGAACAAAGAGAAGAAAGUGCUAAAGAGGCUGAUGUCCUCAUCCUCCAUUAAGAACCCUGAGUUCGACGGGAGGACAAUCAGAAGACUCAUCUCCACAGAGUCCAGAGCAGAAGACCUAGAGGAAUCCCAAGAGAGGAGCGAAGAGAACGAAGAGGAGCAGAAUUACGAAGACAACGGGGGAAUGGUGGGCAGCAGGGAUUGGUUGGCAUACCUGAGGGCCGGGGGGGUUGGCCGCUGCUUCAUGUACCUGGGGGCGGCCCUUGGAUAUCAAGGUCUCCGGGUCUACACUGACGUGUGGCUCAGUAAGUGGACAAAUUUGAGGGCUGGGGUGAUUGAAGGAACUGGCAUUCAUGAACAGACAGUCUUCUACUUCUGGAUGUACAUCAUCCUCUCCAUCAGUUCGAUCAUCCUCUCGGCGUUCGUCAGUGCAGCUGGCCAGUGGGCAGGUGCCACAGCUCGGAAAACUCUCCACCAAGAGGCCAUAACCUCCCUUCUGAGAGCACCAAUGAGUUUCUUCGAGCGAACUCCCAUCGGGAAAAUCCUGAACAGAUUCAGCGCCGACGUUGGAGUCAUCGAUAAGAAGUUAUCGACAACUUUUCAGAGAUUGACUUCUUUCAUUCUACUGUGUGGAUCCGCGAUGAUCGUCAAUGUUUGCAUCUCGCCGUGGUUCCUCGUUGCUGUUAUUGUAACAUCAGUGGGUUAUUUUCGUCUACAGGAGUUUUAUAUGAAGAGCGCGAGGGAACUCCAGAAGCUCGAAGGGAGCACUAGAGGACCUGUUGCUGCACAUUUCUCAGAAACACUGGCGGGUUUGCCUACCGUGAGAGCUUCCAAGCAACAGGAUCGCUUCAUGGACGACAUGAUCGAGUACCUGGACGCCAACACAAACGCUUUUCUCAUUGUGAACACCAGCACGCGGUGGCUGGGCAUUGUUCUGGAUUAUUUGGCAGCGGCGUUGGUGGUGGUCUCCAUAUUCAUGGCUCUUGUAUGCGCAGAGUUUUACCCAGACUGGGUAACACCUGCAUUUGUUGGUCUUGCCAUCAAUUACGCGUUUCUUGUACCGAUUUAUCUUAACUGGGUAGUUAAAUUUGUCUCGGAGAUUGAGAUGUACAUGGGAAGUGUCACGAGAUUAACCGAGUACACGAAAGUUCCACGGGAGAAUUACAGGGAAAAUGGAUAUGAAGCUGAAGAAACUUGGCCGGAGAAGGGAGAAAUCAUUUUCGAAAAUGUUUCUCUUCGUUAUCAUCCACAGGCUGAGCCUGUUGUCAAGGAUUUGAAUCUCAAAAUUUCUGCCGGUCAAAAGUUGGGAAUUUGUGGUAGAACCGGAAGUGGAAAGUCAACAACAGUGAUGGCGCUGUUUCAACUUUUGGAAGUCUCUCAGGGUCGAAUCCUCAUCGAUGGAAUCGAUUUGCGUAGAGUUUCGCUUCUUAGUUUGAGGUCUAGACUAUCCGCUAUACCUCAGGAUGUCAUCAUGUUCAGUGGGACCAUCAGGGAGAAUUUGGAUCCCCUUGCUGAACACAAUGAUGAAGAGUUGUGGUCAGCUCUUCAGCUAGCACAAAUGAAGGACAUAAUCGCGGCUCAUCCCGAGGGAUUGGACUUGGAGGUGCGAGAGGGUGGGGAGAAUUUCUCAGCUGGACAAUUGCAAUUGCUGAGUAUGGCCCGAGCGACUCUUCGACAAUCAGCGGUGGUGGUGCUUGAUGAGGCCACCAGUGCUCUCGAUGGAUCAACCGAGAAGGAGCUACUACGAGAGGUGUCCAAUGCUUUCCGAGAGAGGACUGUCAUCACGAUCGCACACAGAGUGGCAUCGCUCCUCUCCUGCGACAGGAUUAUUGUGUUUGAUGAAGGGAAAAUCGUGGAGGAGGGAACGCCAAAGGAAUUGUCAACAAAACCGCUGGGAGCAUUCGCAGCCAUGUUGAGGGCCUCGGAGAUGGGCCAAUCAACUGACGACUGAUAUUUUUGUAUCUGCAUUGAUUAUAAACAAUUUUUUUAUCAUCCAACGAAUGUAAAUAAAAUUAGAGAAUACAACACGAUUUUUUCUUUUUACGAA